AUGAUCUCUUCUGUAACAGAGAAACCAAACUUUAAAAACUUUUCUUUUUGGGAAGGAGAAAUAAAAAAAAAGAGAUAAGAUUCUUAUUAUUUUUAUGCAGUUUGCCUUGGCUUUCACGAAGUCUGUCUCUUUCUCUGGCCGCAAAAUUCACCAAAGAGCGAAACGUCGUCUCCCCUUUUCUCACAAUCUUUUCUAGAAAUUUAUAAAGCAGAACCGAAGAGAUACAGACGAGGAGAGAAAAGCAAACAUAGUUUGUUGUUUUGCUCAUCCUCUGGUUCCAAGGAUUGUCUGAACUUUGGAUUCCCUCCUCUGUUCUUCUUUUUGUAAUAAUUUAUUUAUCGAGAGAGAGAAGGGGUUAAGAGAUGUAUUAUCAGUUGACAAAGUCUUCUUACAUGGACUCUUUGAAGAUUCUUGAGGCUGACAUCGAGCACGCCAAUGGACUGGCUGCUGAGAUUCCAAUGGGAAAGAGCGGUGUGCGACUUCAGAUGAAGUUGGUCUGCAGCAAUUUGGCUCCUUUCUUCAUAUUCCUGCUUCAAUGGAUGGACUUCUCUUGUCUGCUUCCAAGAUACUUUGAUUUCUUCCACAUACUUAUUUACAAGGUACGUUCUGAUGGGCGUUGGAAUCUAUCCAGGUACGGAAGGAAAGCUACAAUCAGAGAGUUCUACGGUGUUAUAUUACCAUCACUCGAGCGUCUUCAUAUCAACUUCUCCGACUUACCAGGCGACAGCUUAUGGUAUCCCAAUCCAAAAGCCAUCACCAAGAAGAAUUACGACACUGAAGGCAACAGAUUCAUCAUGACCAACAACGUUGACUCAGAAAGAGAAGAGGAAUGCGGGAUCUGCUUAGAGCCCUGCACCAAAAUGGUGUUACCUAACUGUUGUCACGCCAUGUGCAUCAAAUGUUACCGCAACUGGAACACAAAAUCUGAGUCAUGCCCGUUUUGUAGAGGCAGCAUCAAGAGAGUAAACUCGGAGGAUCUGUGGGUGCUGACGUGUGAUGAAGAUGUGGUGGAUCCUGAGACGGUCACUAAAGAGGAUUUGCUACGGUUCUAUCUCCAUAUCAAUAGCCUCCCUAAAGAUUAUCCGGAAGCUGUAUUCUUAGGCUACAACGAGUACUUGAUAUGAAGAUUUGAUGGUGAAACACACAACACGGAUGGGGUGUACAGAGGGGGAGAAAGAUCCCAGACCUUUUAACUAAGUGUAUAUAAAGAAUCUGGUGAUCCAUGAUUUAUAAUCCUUCGUUUUUAGGUUAUGAUAAUAAAGAUGAUUGUCAUAAGAUAUAUGUGUACCCUUGUUAUGAUAUAAGAAAAGAGAAAGUAUGAUCUCUGUUUACAUAUA